GGUCCCAAGACUUUGAGCUCGUCUCUGGGUCAAGUCCUUCCAUUCUUAAAUUGCGGCUCCUUCAUCGUUCGAGACAGACACUCCUUCCGCGGCGCUUACGGACUGGCCAUGAAAGUGGCGACGGCGCCUCCAUCUGCGCUGCAGCAGAGCAAGAGAGGAGGAGACCCGUCCAGCGAGCUGGUGCGGCACUUCCUCAUUGAGUGCACGCCGAGGGGUGUCCGGCUCAAGGGAUGCCCUAAUGAACCCUACUUCGGCAGUCUGACGGCUCUGGUCUGUCAGCACUCCAUCACUCCUCUGGCUCUUCCAUGUAAACUCAUCAUUCCUGACAGAGAUCCUCUAGAGGACGCUGUUAGUGCAUCUUCACAGUCCAUCACCAAUUCUGCAGCUGAACUCUUGAAACAAGGAGCAGCCUGUAACGUGUGGUUUCUGGGUUCGGUGGAGAUGGAGUCUCUGACGGGGUAUCAGGCGGUGCAGAAGGCCACCAGUGAGAUCCUGAGUACAGACUCGCUCCCGUCCUCCACCGUAGUGCACUUCAAAGUCUCCUCGCAGGGAAUCACGCUCACCGACAACCAGAGAAGACUGUUCUUCAGAAGACACUAUGCAGUCAGCACAGUCAUAUUCUGUGCUCUGGACCCUCAGGACAGGAAGUGGAAACGAGACGGCUGCACCUCAGCAAAGAUCUUUGGAUUUGUGGCGCGGAAAGCGGGCAGCGGCAUGGAGAACGUGUGCCACCUGUUUGCUGAGCACGACCCCGAGCAGCCCGCCAGCGCCAUCGUCAAUUUUGUCUCCAAAGUCAUGAUUGGCUCACAGAAGAUGUGAUGUCAUGAAGAGGGCGUGGCCUGUCGAGCGCCGCAGGAUCAGAUUUCCUCCAGUGAGCUGAAAGCGAGGAUGAAGCGGACUCUGGGACUGUCUUUGAUCACAUGACAAACCUUCUGAAACUAAACAUGUACAGUAUUUUGUAUAUUUAUGUACUGAAAGUGUAUGUAUGGUGUACACAGACUCAAAGGAAUUAUUCUGAGUGAAAAUAAAUCUCAAUAUUUGUGUAUGAACAGUAAUGCUUUUUAAAAUUAUUUUUAGUUUUUUAAUUGUUUUCUACUACUGAUGACAUGAACCAAAAACUUCUUUAUAAUGUCAUUGUUUUAG